GAUACACGCGUCUCCCAGCUCGCCAAUGAAAUAGCGGGAAACCGCGAUCUACCGUUCGAAACUUAUUUGCUCACUGUAAUUUCUUUUUAAAUAAUUCGAAUUUUAAAUUUAAAAUGUGUUGUGACAUUCUUAUGACUGUAUAAUUCCUUUUUUGAAAGUUUCUUGCGUGUAAUUUGUAACAAUGGAUUUUACAGUUUGGAAAUUGUUUCUUCUUCUUUCUGCGUACUUUAUUGUGGCCGUAUUUUCCUCCGGAUACUUAAGAGAAUACGGAGCUGUCGAACUCGAUAAGAGGUCCAUUUCCGUUUUAAGAGGGGUUCCGUAUAAUAUGUUUAACUUUUGGUCGACUGAGAGAUCAAAUGAGUCACAAAUACAGAGGUAUCGUUACAGAAGAAACUUGCAAAUGGUUAUAUCCCAGCAUUUCACUGAGUCCAAUAUUAUGCCUGGUGUUGAUGUGAGCCUACAUUGUACAGUGAAUGGACCACAUCCAGCGCGAUUCAUUUGGGAGAGGGACGGACUUGUUAUCUCUUCUAACACCGAUUCGAGGUACGCUAUAGGUCAAACCAUGUCCCCAGACGGUGGCGUAGUGAGCCAACUAAAUAUUACACACUUGAGGGUCGACGAUGGAGGUCUAUACUCAUGUGUGGCUCACUAUGGCGAGAGUGUAAUAGCUCACCACGAUAGACUUAACGUCUAUGGUCCACCGUACAUUCGAACACUGCCACCAUUCAAAGUGCAAAGUGGCCGGAGCGUCACCCUCAAGUGUCCUUACUAUGGAUACCCAGUAAGAGACAUAACAUGGGAGUAUAAAGGUAAAGAAAUAAAUACUGACAUAUCAACACAGACGAACCGCUUUAAGCGAUUCGUAAAAAAUACAGCGCUGAGUAUAGAAAUAUUUGGACGCAAACCUAAAUUAAGAGAGAAAAGAGAUGUGACUACUGUUAAUGAUGGAGUUUUAUAUAUAGCUAAAGUUACAAAAAGCGAUAAUGGAGCAUCAUAUGCUUGUGUAGUUAGGAGCCCAUCUGGUGAAAUGGCUAAGAGGUCAUUCGAAUUACAUGUAGUUGAACCACCACAAUUGGAAGAAAUACUGUUGGCAUCAGAUUUACAAGAAGGACAGAUAGUACAAAUCCAUUGUAACCUUAAAAGCGGCGACUCUCCUGUUUAUUAUUCCUGGCUGAAAGACGGGAAGAAAAUACCUACACAUUUAAAAAUCGUAGAACGAAGCCUAGAAGUGUUCAGCGUUCUUAUAAUAAAGAACGUUUCACUGGAGCAUUGCGGAACGUACACUUGUGUGGCAGCUAAUCAUGUGGCAAAAGUUAACCGAACUGUGAACUUGUAUAUAAAAGUUGCCCCUAAAUGGAGCGAAGAACCACAAAACACAUCCUUAUUGUUGGGAAGAAGUGGGCAUGUAUCAUGCAGCGCCAACGGGUAUCCCCAACCCCAGACGCAUUGGUUAAAAAGAGACGUUGUAUCUGAAACUUGGAGGCCAGUAUUAGAAGUGGCUGGUGGAGGAGUUCUGAGCUUGUCCAACGGCUCCCUAAUAUUUGAUUCUGUAGCUCUAUCAGACGGGGGCGUGUACACUUGCCACGUUGAAAACGGGGUCGGUGAAGCACUUAGUAAGACUAUAUGGAUAUCAGUUAACAAACCUGUAACAUUCGAUAUAGUAUCGAGGAACAUCACAUCGAAACUUGGACACCAUGUAACCAUUGAGUGUUUAGCCAAAGGUGAUGACCCUAUCAGGAUAAUGUGGACCAGAAAUGGAAAGCCUAUAAAUCCCUUGACUCAAAGGGUAAAGAUAUCUGAAACAAAAUCAGAAGAUGGAAUGACAAGUACAUUGGAGUUAUUACAAACCGAAACAAGCGAUGGUGCCUUAUAUCAGUGCAGAGCUGGUAACCCAUUCGGAGCCGAUGUAUAUAGCGUUCAUCUUACAAUAUUAGAACCACCGUCCCCACCUUCAGACUUGUCAGUUGAUUCGGUCAAGAGCAGAUCUGUAAAGCUAUCCUGGAGAGACAUGGCGCGCUCUCUCGCCCAAUAUUAUUGUUUACAGAUCACAAACACUCAGAGAGUGUCGUGGAAUAAUGCUAGAAGUAUUAAUAUAACUAGGUUAGAAGAAAUUCGUCAUUCAAUAGAUGUUGAGGAUUUGCUACCUUCAACCGCAUAUACAGCGAGAGUAGCUGGCGGUAAUCAGGCCGACCUUAGUCAUUAUUCUUCACCUGUUAGAUUUACUACUACAGAAGAAGCUCCAUCAUCACCACCUUUAAGUGUGCAGUUGGAACAAACAGACUCACCUGGAGAGUUGAGUGUGAAGUGGCUCCCUCCUCCACCAGAUACCCACAACGGUGUUAUUAUAGGGUACCGAUUGAGGGCGGUCCCUCAGUUAACUGGCAUGAAAGAAACUGAAGAAUCAAGUGACAAGACUAUGAAGACGAGUUCUUUAUAUUCAAAACAAGAAACCACUAUUACAGGCCUUCUAAAAGGUGUCAGGUAUGCAGUCUCGGUCGCAGCAUUCAACGGCGCUGGACUUGGGCCAUUUUCCAUUCCUUUGUUCCAAGAUACGAGAGAAGGGGCUCCUGAAGAAGGUCCAUCCUCAGUGGAGUGCGGUGGUGUGACGUCGACAGCUUUGAGAGUGAGCUGGCAGCCCAUUCCACCACAUAAGCAAGCCGGUGCUCUAAUUGGAUAUUCUGUGCUGUAUGCUGCCCAAGGUCGACACUGGCAAAAUGCCACAUCACUAGUGACCGAGCUUCGUCUACAAGGUCUGCUGAAGUUCACAAACUACACCAUCAAAGUGGCUGGCUUCUCCAACUACGGACUGGGCCCGUUCUCCUUCCCCAUUGUGUGCGCUACGUUGCAAGACGUACCGGAUGCGCCGGCGGAAAUAAAACUACUAUCUCAAUCGACGAACUCACUCUUAGUUAGUUGGAAGAAGCCCAGCCAACCGAAUGGCAGACUAUUGCACUACACUAUAUACUGCAAACCGACUGCUAGCAAUGAUGGCCCUCAAACAAUACGCAUGGACGCACAAAUAACUCAUGAUGCUUACGAAAAAACUCAAACUGUAGAACUGAAAGAUCUAAAUGAAGGAAGACAGUACGAUGUUUGGGUGACUGCCAGUACUGCUGUGGGUGAAGGUCCUGAAACCAAACGCGUUACCAACACGCCUUUGCAAAGAGUGGUAGCAGGAGUUGCAUCGCUAGGAGGAGAAGUUACAGUAGCAGUUAGAAAUUCCCUCUUAUUGGAAUGCAAGAGCGUGGGAUCUCCUCCACCGAGAACAGUCUGGUAUCACAACCAGAAUAUCAUCACUCAUCAUCCUCGGUUUACAAGGAAUAGAGAUGAUAGCCUUCUAAUUAAAAGUAUCGACCAAUCUCUCAGUGGAAAUUAUACGUGCUUAGCCAAAAACUUAUACGGAUCUGAUUCUGUGGUAUACGCCGUUAAAGUUCUUCCAUUACCAGAUCCCCCAGCACUUAGAGCUACUCCAUAUAAAGAUUAUAUUGUGGUAGAAUGGGAUGAGUCUAGAAGCCUCAAUAACGAUACUCUAGGUUACGGAAUUAGUUACAACUUAACUUGGAAAGAAGGGGAUGGCCAAUGGCAAGAAGCAUGGCCCGUGGCCAGAGACUCUCGUCUUCCCGGACUACAGCAACAUACUCUAGCUGGACUGAAAUGUGGAACUAAGUAUUCCGUGAGAGUCACAGCCACUGACCACAUUGGUACAUCAGCACCGGCACAUGCCGAUGUUACAACACUAGGUGGCGCGCCUGUAUCACCACCAUCGACUGACUGGUUGUGGAGCAACGCCACUCAUAUUUAUAUCCAAUUGAGUGGUUGGGACGACGGAGGCUGCGAUGUUAAUAAUUGGGAAGUAGAUUACAGGACUCUGGGAUCUAACUCUUGGCAUAGGGCGGAGAAUAAAGCGCCCAUGGAUCUGAAUCUUGGCUGGAGUUACAUUGAAGGCCACUACCAAGCGCCUCCACUUCGGUCUAUACCAACUUCGUACGCUGUCGGAUCUCUCUCUCCCGCAAAUUGGUAUCAGCUGAGAGUGACAGCGACAAAUGAUGCUGGAACUGCUUCUACUAUAUAUACAUAUGCAACGAAGACUUUGGAUGGAGAGGAAAUCGGUCCACCAUCAGAAAUAUUCGACCUGAACAUGUUGGUCAUUAUAUGCAGCUCUAUUCUACUGGUUGUGUGUCUUCUAGCUUUCUUCUGUAUAUUAAUUAAGAGACAUAGGCAAACCUAUUCAUCUCAAUAUCGUCAUUCUAUCGCUGAAGAAGUAAAAUCGAGGAAUGAAAGUGUUGCAUCGCAUUCAGAUCAUAAGGAGAGAUAUGCGCAUGCGCCUAGAAUUUAUACGUCACCUGUACACGCUAGGAAAAGUAGUAAAAAUGAAAUGUUCGAGAUAAGUCCAUACGCGGAGUUCGCUUUGGGCUUUCGUACCUUUGAUCACGUGGACAACCAAGACCUGCCGAGCCGCCUGCCCAGUAGACCAAGAUUUGAUACUGAAACCAGUUUCCAGAAUCGUUCAGAAUCUGACGACAGUGACAGCACUUCCAAAGCUACAGUGUCAGCUAUGCCACGAAGACAUUGCCGAACACCACACCACAGAUAACAACAGUCUUACAGUAAUUAAUAAAAAAUAAUGUAAUAAAGUUUUAUAAUAUUUACAUUUAAUUGUUAAUUCUACAGUUAAAGCAUAUCAAUAAGUCUAUAUAUUUCAAAAUAUACGGAUGAUUUUUUUUAUUAGCUGAAAGGAAUUAAAUUAUUAUUCCUAGUUUGAGAAACGUAACAAGUCUUGUAAAUUUAUUUAAUUUAUCUUAAUUAAAAGACUGACAAUUCAAUAUAGAAGUAAGAUAAUUUUGCCAAAUUUUUAUUGUAAUUAUGAAUACUGCCAAAAUUAAUCUAUUGUCAUCACUUUAUACAAACGGUAAAGGUAUAUUUACACUAUGCUUGAGUUUCUCCCUAAUGAGGUAAGAACGUGUUGCAGCACCCCUUUUUAAUAUCAGGAUGUAGAAAAACCAACCAGGCGAACAAAUUACAUAUACCGGUAUUAGAAUAGGAAAACUCUAGGAAGUUAGUAACACUAUUCCAAACCAUCUGGCCACUGAGGUGAUAGUAUGCUAAAAUUUCAUAGUAUAAUUGGUGAUAUAUGUAAUUAGUCUAUAAUAUUUUUAUAUGUAUAUAAUUUAAAGUGAUAAUUUGUCGUCAUUAUGUUUUUCAUUUACAAUAGUUUAAAAAAACAUCUGCAUAUUAAUAUAUAUCGUUGUUAGAAUUCAAUAAUCAAUUGUAUUAAUUUUAUAAAUCAAACAAAUUAAUACUAUCACCAUAAAACAACAGUCUGUAUAAUACAACCAGAAGAAAAAAGUGAGGAGAUAUAUAUAUUUAAAAUUAUCAGUCAUUACUUUAUUCGAUCCUAUUGAUUCCAUUUAUGCAACCAA